UAUCUUUAUACAAAGAAGAGUUAAUUUAUAGAUUGAUAAUUUAUGAUGGAUAUAGUGACCCUCUAGGCUGGAAUGGAACCUGCAGCACAGAUGGAAGAGUUAUAACAAAUUACAAUAUUAAACCUAUAUUGGAGAAUUUGAUUACUCAAGAAAAUGAAAAUACAAUUGUCACUGUGGAUGGCUUAUCAAAUGUUCUUCUUCACAUAUCAGUACCUGAAAUAUAUCAAAUGUUUCAUAAACUUCUCAAUAAUCACUCGUGUAAAGUUAAGCAGGUUGUAGCUCUGUUACAUAAGGAUGUUCAUGACAGUGGAACUGUAACAGCUCUUGAACACCUUGCUUCAGCAAUAAUACAAGUACAUGCUUCUGAGGUAGGAAGUUCUGUGAUGAUUUGUCAUACGCUUUACAAGAAACCAACGGGAAAAGUUCUUAGAGAGCAAGAACAAUUUUAUAUCACAGAUAGCCAUGAUAUAAAGAAUAUAGAAACUCAUUUACCCAAGAAAGUGGUUAGACUUGAACCCAUUAUCCAUCAGGCUCCAGAUCCAGCAGCUAACCUGACGUUCAACCUGACUUUGAAAGAUGAUGAGAAGAAAGCCAGAGAUCAGUUAAUAUUGCCUUAUACAAGAGAAGCUGUAUCAUUAUCAUCAGGUAGUGUUGGGAAGAUUUUCUACCAGCCUGAUGAAGCUGAUGAUUUGGAUGAAGAUGAUCCAGAUGAUGAUUUAGAUAUUUAAAAGCAACAUUUUUAACUUGUAGGUUUUCAUAAAAUAUUAUUAAUUCCAUAAAAAGUACUAUUUCAGAACCUGAUUAAUUACAUGUAUUUUAUAACUUCUAAUAAAGCAAGAACUGUUAAUCAUAA